GCUGAGGUAGCCACACACCGACCAUCCGUGUCAAAACACCACCACCUUCUCCAGCAGCAGCAGCGGCAGCAACACGAUGAAGAUAGCACUGGUCCUAGGCUGCCUGCUGGCCGCCGCCCACGCCGGGCUGCUGCCCCACGCGCCGCCCCCGCCGCCGCCGCCGCCCCCGCAGCACGAGAUCAUCUACGACUACGUGGCGCCGGCCAGCUACCGCUUCGACUACGCGGUGCGCGACGGCCACACGGGCGACGCCAAGACGCAGUGGGAGCACCGCGACGGCGACACCGUCCGAGGCGCCUAUUCGCUCGUCGACGCCGACGGCACGACGCGCAUCGUCGAGUACACCGCCGACCCGCACAACGGCUUCCGCGCCGAGGUCAAGCGCCUGGGACACCCCGCGCCGCCGCCCCCGCAGCCGCCCACGCUGCCGCCCCCGCCUGCCCCCCACGCCCCCCUGCCGUACCCCGGCUAGGCGGCGCAGAGCCCGCCGCUUGUACGACGACCCUCGCUGCCGCAACGUGUUUCCCGCUCCGUGCCCCAUCUCGCUAAUGUACUGCUUUCCCCCCGCCAUAACUUAAAAUGUUUCUUGCUGUGUGUGCUGUGCGCCCGGGUGACCGAAUCAGGGGAUAUCGACGAUUCUCGGAAGACGACCGUUGCUUGUUAUUGGCGUGUUCACGCACGCUCUUAGCGUUUGUCGUCGAAAUGACGACGGACGGUUGUUACACAUCGAUAUUGUUCUGGUCAACAAAUAUGUGCAAUAUUUUUUAAAUAAAUAUUACUUUGUUUACUACCGUC